UAAAUAUCUUUGUAAAAAUUGCAGCAGUCAAAACAUGGAUUUUGUAGUUUUCAAGAAAUUGACUUAAAUAAAUCGUGUUAUCAGCCGUAUUUGAUUAAUAUCAACAGAACAGAAUUGUUUCCAUCAGGAAAAUGUCGAAAACAAAAGGAAUGGGGAAGAAAAGAAAAGGCGGAGUGAAGAUAAGUGCUUCAAAACUGGCCAACAAACGCCUUAAUAAACUUGCAAAGCAAGGAAAGCUCAGAAAAGACAAAGACGAAAAAAAAUUGAAAGAAAAGAAGGCAGCUGAAGGUCGUCGUGGAAAUGAGAAGCAGUUCCGUCCUGUUGAGAAACAUGUCAAGGAGGUUGAAGAAGACCAUGAAAUAGGGGAGGAAGAUAUUGGCUUUUACAAGCGGAAAGGGAAAAAUAGCAGCUUUGUUGCAAAUGUCAGGGACAGUGUUUUAGGUCAAGAAAACGGCAGCGCAAAGAAAGGAAAAAAGAGGAAAAUGAAUGAGGUGAUAAGUGAAGAAGAUUAUGAGAAGUUGCCAAGGAAACAGACUUUAAAGGAAGGAAAUAAGAAAAUGAUGCUUCCUAUCAAGAUGAAACAUGGCUUUGUGCAGAGAAUGAUUGAGACAGAACAUGAAGAUGACCGACCUGUGAAUGGAGAUAUCUCACCAGACGAGGGCGAUGAGGACGAAGAUGGUGCUGAAGCCGAGGCAGAGCCCUUGCCACUGCUGACCGGGGUGGAACUGUAUGCUCAGAGGCAGAAGAAACUACGGGAACGCAAACAGAGGAUAGCUGUGCUCUCCAGUGCUGUGGUGGCGAACCCACAGGAGAGUACAAAGAAGUUGCGUGAGUUGGUGGGUUUGCUGAAGGAGUCAGACCCAGAUGUGUUCGUGACGGUACGUAAGUACACUAUGAUGUCCCUGCUGGAGGUUUUCAAGGACAUCAUACCAGGAUACAGGCUCCGGCUCCCCACAGACAAAGAAAAACACCAGCAGAUGAAGAAGGAGACUAAAGAUCUCGUGGGGCACGAGGUGGGGCUGGUCAACUGUUACAGGGAGUACCUCGAGUUCCUGGAUAGAACUGCUAAAGGUAAAAAGGUUGAGAUCAGUGCAAAAAAGAUGAAGAGAAGGAAAAACAAGACUCCAGAAGAGAGUAUUCCACCAAAAUCAGAAAAGGCCAUGAAGGAGCUGUCUGUGAAGUGUCUCUGUGAGCUGCUGGUGACACACCCACACUUUAACUACACCAACAACAUCAUCGCCGUUAUUGUUCCCUUCAUGAACAACCACAAUGAUCUGAUGUCUGACACUGCCUGCGACUGUGUUAGACAGUCGUUCAGGGAAGACAAGGCAGGAUAUGUCACUCUUGAGAUCACCAAGUGUAUUGGGAAGAUGAUCAAAGCGCGAGAAUACAGAGUCAAACCUAAGGUACUGGAGACAUUUUUAAGCCUGCGUAUAAAGGAAGUAAGUUACACAGACCCGGUUGCAAAGGAGGAGGAGAAGAAAAAACAACACAACGACCACCUCUCUAGGAAGGAAAAAAAGCAAAAAAAGAAGGAGAUGUUUAUAGAGAGAGACCUGGAAGAAACAAAAGCCACAGAAGACAAGAAGAAAAGGCUGAAGCUGCAUACAGAAACUAUCCAGGCAGUGUUCUUGACGUAUUUCCGGAUCCUGAAGAAGGCUACCAGCUCUGUUCUCUUCCCAUCUGUGCUGGAAGGCCUUGCAAAGUUUGCCCACAUGAUCAGCGUCGAUUUCUUUGACGACUUGUUUGCUGUAUUCAACAAACUGAUUGCUGAUGAGAGUUUGUCAUACCGUGAGUCCCUGCACUGUGUACAAACGGCGUUCACCAUACUGUCCGGCCAAGGCUCCGUGUUGAACAUAGACCCAGUUGUGUUCUACAGACAUUUUUACAAGAACCUCUUCCACGUGCACACAGGUUGUACGUCGGGUGAUGUCAAGGUCGUGUUAGAUUGCCUGGACAUAAUGGUCAGCCAACGAAAAAGACAGGUAUCUCAACAGCGCAUUCUGGCAUUCCUCAAGCGUCUAAUGACCCUGAGUCUGCAGCAAGCACCAGACGGAACCAUUGGCCUGCUCAGUGUGAUCAGAAGCAUACUCAUUACGUACAGUUACACAGACACCAUGUUGGACAAUGAAGCCCAGGGUAGCGGGGUGUAUCUACCUGAGCUAGACGAUCCAGAACACUGCCAGGCCCAUAACACAAUGUUGUGGGAACUAUUUCUACUACGGAAACAUUACAGCCCAACAGUGAGAAAACUGUGUACACAUCUCCGCCAUGGGGCUCCGACAUCAGGAGAAGGGCAGUUGCCACCAGACCUUAGAAAGUCACCCAAGUUCCUAUACCACAUGUUCGAGAGUCAAGAUUACUUCAGCAAUAUCCCAGAGAAGCCACGACAUUUAAAACACAGGACUAAAAGAGGUGCCUUCCUGCAAAGCGACGUCUCCAUGGCGGUAGUUCAGGCACUGGACAUUGUAGAUGACUUUGUGGACAUUACGUGAAUGUUAACAUCCAGUGGUUGUUGUCUACCAAUAAAAUGAAAUAAAUUUUAACAAUU